CCCAAAAUAUCGUUCAGCUCGCAAUGUAAACAGUUUAAAUGAGGAUAGCACAGAGUUUUAAUAAAAUGGUUGUAAUCUAACUAAUAACCCCUCGAUUUCAGAAGAGCUUCCGCCAUCAAUACCGCUUGAAAAAGCGCUCAGCACCAGCAUUGAAGGCUGCUAAUCGAGAGCAGAGACCAUCUGUCAUCAUCACGCGUUAACGACGAACAGAAGAAACAGAAGAAACCGGAGAAACCAGCAGCGACUCAGUUACAUAAUAUUUUGGACAUUACUCGUCAUACGCCGCGUAAGCUGCAUCCAGCACUGAGAGAAACGCCGUCGAAAUGUUCGCCCGUCCGCCGCCGCACUGUGCGCCGCGCACUUGACACGCGUUAAACCUCCCACGUGGACCGAGUGGAGUGGAGCAGUGCAGGAGAGGCACGUGCACCCACCUGCCACAGGAGCAGCAGCAGCAGCAUCAGCAUCAUACGCAUUCCCCUUGUUUUUCUUAUUUUUUGUUUGUUUCAUUGGCACCGAAAAGCGUUGUUUGGUUUCCACCAACAGAAACUGUAGUAACCGUACCGCAUGAGGGUGCCAAGGCAUAAACCGUUUACUGGCAGCCACAACUGCCGCAACAGCAACAGAAAAAGCGACAGCAACAUCAUCAGCAUCGGGAGCAUCGGGAGCAACCGCAACGUGUCACAGUUGCCAUCAGUCAUUGUUCAAUAUAUUCUCCGUUGGCCUGUGAUAAACCCCCUAACGUUCUUAAUAAAUGACAUUCGGUUCAAGUCAUUUUAUCAUGCCAGCAAAACGACAUCUGCCGCAGCAGCAGCAGGAGGAGCCACAGCGUCGAAGUCGUGCGACAAGAGCCAGAACAGCAAUCCCCGUACUUACAACAACAGCAGCAAAUCGAACAAAGUGUUUCUCCACUACAUACCCCACGAUCCGCGCCUAAGAAUCCUCCACCGAACCGCCGCCCUCAAUAAACCCUUGAAUCGCAGUCGCUACACCCUCAGCGAGCUGAAUAUAACUGAAGAUCUGUGCAAUUAUGGUGAACUAAUCGGCGGAAGUGAUACCCGUGCUCGCAGUGCGGAAAAGGAUCUAGUGCCAGUGAAAAUCUCCGGGAAAUACUAAAGUGUAGCGUUCUGUUGUAUCUGUUGUACGCUUCUCGGUUAUCCUGUGGCCCGCGGGGCUGAGCAUUCUGUGCGAGUGGCUUUGCAGGACAAAAGCACCACGCACUGAAAGAAAACCGAAGGAAAGGAAAACUCAACUGAAAAAAUCUAUGCUGAAAUCCAAUGCAAUUAAAACCGUGUUCAAAUCCAAUAAUUGCUCUGUCUAGAAAGUGCAACAUUUUUACAGAUAUUUUCUAUUGUGGCCGCCAGAGCCAGCCUUCUUAGAACGGCAACCAGUUAAUCCAAAACCCAAAAGCAAAACAAAAACACUUAGCACUUAGCACUUAUCAAGGCCCAAUCAUGGCCAAGCCCACAACGGCCUCCAGCGUGUCCAACGUCUCGAACAACAACAGCGCGGAGGCGGC